CCGCUAUAAAAUGUUCCCGGCGGCACAACUGCAGAAGGGGCACCGCUGAGCUGCGGAAAGGAGGUUCGCUCCGCCCGGCUGCCCUCCCACAGCCUGUCGGUGAGGGGCUGUUCCCGGCGAAGAGGAAGAGCGCCGGGGAAGGCACAGCACCCGCUCGGGCCCUCCCACAACAGCUCCAGCUGGCAUCACUGCCUCCCACCGAUCAAUCCCACUUCUGCCAAGACACUGAAAUGCCAACUAUGUCGAGGCCUGCACUUGAUGUCAAGGGUGGCACCUCCCCUGCAAAGGAGGAUACCAACCAGGAGGUGAACUCUCUGGCCUACUCUAACCUGGGGGUGAAAGAUCGCAAAGCAGUGGCCAUUCUGCACUACCCUGGGGUAGCCUCAAAUGGAACCAAGGCCAGUGGGGCUCCCACUAGCUCCUCUGGAUCUACAUCACCAAUAGGGUCUCCUACUGCUAGCCCUCCCACUAAGCCCCCACCCUUCAACCUGCACCCUGCCCCUCACCUGCUGGCUAGUAUGCAGCUGCAGAAACUUAAUAGCCAGUAUCAUGGGAUGGCUGCCGCCACUCCAGGCCAACCCGGGGAGGCAGGGUCUCUGCAAAACUGGGGCUUUGGGGCUCAGGGAGGAGGGACAGGAUCAGUUUCUCCUUCUGCUGGUUCCCAGAGCCCUACUAUCAUUGAUUCUGACCCAGUGGAUGAGGAGGUGCUGAUGUCACUGGUGGUGGAACUGGGACUGGACCGGGCCAAUGAGCUUCCUGAGCUGUGGCUGGGGCAGAAUGAGUUUGACUUCACUGCGGACUUUCCCUCCGGCUGCUGAUGUCAAUAUCUCAAAUGAUGGAGGAAUAAAGCCACCAAUUGUGAUGUAAAUAAAAAUAAACUUACUUGCA